GUAGCCGAGAUGUUCAAGUCGCUGCGCCUGGGGGGCUGGGCCGACGGCGAGAUCCGAGCAACCACGGCGACGUUUACGCGGUCGGUGCCCCACUCGGCUCAGGACGGCGUCAACGCUCCCAGCACGGAAGGGGCCUCCUGCUGCACCUCCUGCGCCUCUUCUGGGACGAGCUGCGCCCGCAGCUGUCGGAGGAGCCGCGGGCGUCCACGGAGGCGCUGAUGGUCCUGCUGGAGCCGUUCUUCCAGCUCGCGGAGGGCUCGUUCCUCGGAGCUCUGGUGAAGCACGUGAAAGAGCACUUGCUGCUGAAGGCACCGUCCGAGAUCAUGGAGGCGGUGGUGGCCUCAGUGGGCAUGAUCGGCCUUUGUCCGGGGGUGGCUUUUGGCAAGGCGUCUGCCGAGCUCCAGGCCACGGCCACGCAGACCUACACUUUGCCAGCCGGUAAGUGUAGGCUUGCGGGGUCACGACCUCUCAACCACGAUGGCAUGACGUGGGUCGACCCGCUCGAUUUGCUCCCAGCCACCACCUUGAGCCCUUCAUUCGAGAUGCCUACGCAUCAGUGUAACGCGCUGUGCAACGGCCCUGUGUACGCGUGGGCAUGCCACUGCUGA